AUGCGACUGCCUACAAGGCCCGAAGUCGUGAUUUUGCUAGGCCAUUUAUUUCACUCUAUUGCCCUUGCAUCUGCCGUGUCCGACUCGACUACUACGAGCAUUUUCAAUCUGCCUCUUAGCCAGAACCAGGCCAAUUUCAUUUUUGCUAUCAACAUCCCCGAUGGCUCCACCGAUCUCUACUUCCACAUGUCUGGGCCGACGGACUAUUCAUGGAUUGCGGUCGGGACUGGAAAUGAAAUGAAAGACUCUCUCAUGUUUGUGAUCUACUCCAAGGCCAAUGGGGAAAAUAUUACCUUCAGCCCUCGUCUCUCCUCCGGUGAACAAGAACCUGUGUAUUCAUCUUCGAUCAAGGUGGACAUUCUCAAUGGUACAGGUAUCUCCGAUAACGUCAUGACCGUGAAUGCUAGGUGCUCAAACUGCACCCAGUGGGAGACUGGAUCAUUGGAUUUGAAAUCCACGUCUCAGCCGUGGAUUUUUGGGCUAGGUCCAACUGGUAGUUCGGCUGCCAUGCUACGCAGUAACUCUCAAACGGCAAACAUAGAGAGACACUCAGAAUAUGGCAUCUUCACUAUGGAUAUGGUCCGCGCAACCGGCGGUUCGGGUGGACUACCAACGUCGUAUACAAACUCAACUGGCUCGGUGCUGAGCAAAUCAAUUACAAACGACAGCAACUGGCCUAGCAUCAUUCACGGUCUGUGCCUUUGUGGAGCUCUCAUCCUUCUGAUGCCAGCCGGCGUCGUUCUCCUCCGUGUUGCUCCGAAAAGUGUCCGGUGGCACUGGAUCAACCAGACACUUUCUUCAGCAAUUGCGAUCGUCGGCAUAAUAAUCGGCUUUUACCUAAGCACGAUGUUCACAAAAUCGCAAAACUACGGCUCCGCGCACCAGAUCCUUGGUAUUAUCCUUCUGCUUGCAAUGCUAGCUCAGUGGGGAAUGGGAUUUUGGCAUCACCGGGUAUAUAAACAGACUAAGUCACCUACCAGGUUUGGCAUUAUCCAUCGCUACUUUGGACAUAUCAUCAUCUUCCUCGCGAUCGUCAACGGAGGCAUCGGACUUACUUGGUCAUCUGCGUCCAAGUCCGUUGUAAUAGGAUAUUCCAUCGCUGUGAUCAUUAUUGGGCUUGGGCUUGUGCUUAUCAUUGGUUGGGCAAGGUGGAUAUCCAGACAUAGCCAGCAAAGUUUUACAAGUGCGCCUGUCAAUCUCCGAGGGCUUAGUGGUGAUGAUUCCCACGAUUACCUUGAUCAGCACUCGGACAUACCAACUUAUAACCCUUACGGGCGA